UUGGCACAGUACUUUAAUGUUUUUUAAUGUUUGUCCCACAUUAAAAUAUAUUGAGUCAAUGACAGUGCAACUGUUCAUAUUAAAACGUUCUAAUCACAUUUUACAUGCACAUUUGUAUUCAGUAGUAAUCUUUUCAUAAAGGUACAUCAAAGUCCCAAAUCAAAUUCUUCACUGACAGUAGUGACAGUAUGUUAUUGACUCCCAAACGACAAAUAUUAUAAAACACGCUUCCAAGCUGAAAAUAAAUAUUUACUGUUGUCAGUCAGUGUUUAGACUCUUCUCUUUGAAUCUUGAUCUUCCACAAGUAUUGCUGUUGAUUAUAUUCCAUAUUUUUUUGAAGAACAUCGCAGACUAUAUAUUUACAGUAUUUCCACUGUCAGUUGAAAAGUUUAUCAUCAUAGUUUCAGUCUCUGGUUUCAGUCGCAAAAGGUUAAUUAAUUCUAUCGCCCCUUUGCACGGCCAUGUUUGAUAAAAUCAAAGCGGCCCGCACCCCCGGUUUGAAAAGUUAAAUUUCUGAAAUAUUCAAAAUUUGAAGCAUCACGUGACCAGCCUUUACCAGGGCCUUUGCUGCUUCGCCUCCUUCCUCAAUAGGCCCUGGGGACGAGGUUGCUCGCCGCUUCAGCUGUACCGGAAGUCGUUGUGGCGCCUCUGCCACUUGCCACGUUUACUACAAACCAAUUUCCACGCUUCCUUCAAAAGCUUGGUACUUGUAAAGCACAUUUGCAUUUGAGUUGUAGCGGCCCGGAAUGAGGAUGUGGAUUAAUAGAAAGGUUGUAUUCGUGUUCUGCGCUUGUGUGUUUUAUGUAUUUGCUUUACCAGCAGAUGCGGACGGCAAGAAUGAACGGGCGAAACCGCACGAGGACAAACUUUCGGACGAAGAGCACUUCAACCCGGAUGGCGAGCACAACGCUGAAUUUGAUAGAGAAGCUUUCCUCGGAGACAGGAAGGAUGAGUUCGACCAUUUGUCUCCCGAAGAGGCACAGAGGAGGCUUAAAAUUCUCCUAAAGCAAGUCGACACGGACGCCGAUGGUCAUCUGACUUCGGAAGAGCUCAAAGCUUGGGUGAAAGGGGUUUUCAAGAAGAAGAUGGUCGAAGGCAUGGAAAGCGAUAUAAAGGAAAAGGACAAGGAUGGAGACGGAUUCAUAAACUGGGAUGAAUUCUUAAAGGAUAGCUACGGGGACGAUGUUUCGGCCGAAGACGAAGAAAUGAAAAGAAUGAUUGACAGAGAUAGAAAACAUUACGAUGUAGCUGACGCCGAUAAAGAUGGGAAACUGACUGCAACGGAAUUCGGGAGCUUUUUGCACCCAGAAAGCAACCCUGAAAUGCAAGCUUUGAAUGCACAAGAAACUCUCGAAGGUAAGGGCUUGUUUUGUCAUAAUCGUAUAGCGAAAACUGUAAAGUUUUGAUAGCCUCAUAGCAGUUUUACAAAGCGUAAUUCUGACACGCAUUUACAGUAUUUAUAAAUUGAACAAGCUCGUUGCAUAAAUUAUGUACACAGACGUGUAGAAAUUGUACAAAAUUUAUUAUAACAGUUUUUAAAACAAAACCCGUACAAACUCACUUGUAUAUCAUCCUUUUGUGGUCGCUUAGACGUUUGUCUGUUAACAUAGGCCAUAAAAUAAACGAUGUAUUUAUUAUUUUAUUGACACUAAAAAUAAAGCAAUAUCUGACUAGUAUUGGCCCAGCUGUAUUUAAUAUGGAGUUGUAUUAUGGUUAUUUCACACGUGGGUUACAUGUAAACGGGUGGUUUAUUAUGAAAAUUCAUUUUCAUUAUUAUAUAUCAAGUGUUAAAAUUCUUGUAUUCCUGCAUCACAUAAUUGUUAAUAAUCUGGAAGUCAAGCAGUGAUUUUAUUAGCCUUUUUCAUGAAUUUGAGCAGGUGACCCAUUUAUCUUUAAAAAAAAUUGAAAAGGACACCCAAAAUUAGUAAAAGUUUCAGUUGAUAAUCAAUGAGUCGUUCCAGAAAAGAUCCACACUCUCCCCAUGGAAGAAAAAUUUGUAUCUGAUAAUAGUAAGUGUAUUAGGACAUCCGAGGGGAGGAGGGGUUAACUCCCAAUUUCCUCUGUGGGGGAGGUAUGGAUGUUUUCUGGAGUGACCCAAUAUGAAAUGGAGUUCAAUUUAAGAUUGAAAAUUUUCUUAAAAAAUUAUUGUAAGAAAAUAAUAAAUUCUGAAACUCAGAUGACCAACACAUGUUCCCCCUUGAACAUGGCCUUUUGAAUAUAAUGAGUGCUUGGAGUAUUCUAACAGCUGCCUGUCUUUGUUAUUUUCUCGUGUAGACAUGGAUAAAAACAAAGAUGGCAAACUCGAUCUGGAAGAAUUCCUUGGCGAGUGGAAAGAUCCGGACAGCGGCAACCAAGACGAACCCGACUGGGUGAAAGAAGAAACGGAAAGAUUCAAAAACGAGUUGGAUAAAAGUGGCGAUGGCGUACUGGAUACGGCUGAGCUAACGGCCUGGAUAACCCCCGAUACCGACACUACCCUCGUCGAAGAGGAAGUCAAACAUCUAAUUGACGAGAGCGAUGAUGACAAGGAUGGCAAACUUAGCGUGGAAGAAAUUAUUGCACAUCACGAUAUCUUCACCGGUAGUGAGGCUACCGAUUAUGGACAGGCCUUACCGAAGGAGGAACUAUAGACCAGUCUUAUAGACUUGUUUAGAGAUGAACAAUAAAUGCAUCUUUACAGAUUUUAAACUUGUUUCGAGAAGCUAAAAAAUGACAUUGUUUAUAUACAGUAUUUAAGAAACUUUUUUAGGAAUUUAGCUUAUUGAUGGCUUUCUACAGAAUUAUUAGACCAUAUUUGUCUCUAUAGUUAUUAAUGAAUGGUGUUAGUUUUCUAAAACCUAUAAAAAUUGACUACUUAUGCUUGUAUGCAGAACAAUAUGCACUAUUAAAUUAUUACUAUGGUU